AGAUCCAAGGCCUAGCUGCCGCUGCCGCUGCCGCUGCCACUGCCACUGCCACUGCCUCAGAAGCUAGUUCAAACUAGUGGAGGGCUUGUGUGCAGAAAGAAAGAAAGAAAGAGAGAGAGAGAGGAAAACACAGGAGCACUGAAGAAUCAUCGACCGGUGUGGUGAUGGCUCGUGGGAAGGUUCAGAUGAGGAGGAUAGAGAACCCGGUGCACAGGCAGGUCACCUUCUGCAAGAGGAGGAUGGGGUUGCUCAAGAAGGCCAAGGAGCUCUCUGUCCUGUGUGAUGCUGAUAUUGGUGUCAUUGUCUUCUCCCCUCAUGGCAAGAUCUACGAGCUAGCCACCAAUGGGAACAUGGCAGGCUUGAUUGAGAGGUACAAGAGUAACCUCCAAGAAGCACAAAUUGAAAGUAGCGAGCAGAACAUAUCUCAGGUGUCUCAGGUGGUGCAACAAGAGGUACUAUUUCUAAGGCAAGAAGUUGACCUGCUUCAGAACAGUUUGAGGUACAUGUACGGUGAUAAAUAUAUAAACCAAAUGAAUCUUGGUGAGCUGCAAUCCCUCGAAAGUAAACUUGAAGCAUGGGUGCAUAACAUUCGCACUACAAAGAUGCAGAUCAUGUCCAAGGAGAUCGAGAUGCUCAAGAACAAGGAAGGCAUACUGAAGGCUGCCAAUAUAAUCGAGCAGACUAGUAUUCUGGAUGUGGGCGGCAACAUAAUGAUACCACAAGUGCCAUUCCAGCUAACCACGGAAAGUAACUACUAUUUCUAGCGUGGAAGGCUGAACUGCCUGCCAAGUUAUCUCACCAGUUCUGUUUUGAGUUGCACAAGGCUACAGUGAAAGGACCUCUUAUAAGCUUUGUGCAUGUUCAUGUUGUAG